AUGAAUUGGAAAGAGCAACUUGAAGAAAUUGGUAAUUGCCAAGAUUCAAACAAAGCUAUCCAAGAUUAUAAUAAAAUUCUCACUAUUCAAGAAUCACCAGAUGAUAUUAAAGAGGAAGCAAUUCUUAGAUUAGCAAAAUUAUUUGUAAAGAUUGGUAAAGGUGAUCAAUUACCAACACUUUUAAGAUCAGUUAGACCAUUUUUUGAUAAAAUUUCUAAACCAAAGACUGAUAAAAUCGUUAGAAAUUUUAUUGAUAUUUUCUCAACCGUACCUGAUAAUUUAACAACUUUAAUUGAAUUUGUCAAAGAGAAUAUUCAAUGGUGUAAAGAUACAAAUAGAAUUUAUUUAAGACAAAGAUUAGAAACUAAACUUUUUACAUUAAUGUUUGAAGCAAAAGAUUAUGCAAAUGCAUUAAGCGGAUUAACAACAUUAUUAACAGAAAUUAAAAGAUUGGAUGAUAAACCAUUAUUAGUUGAAAUUCAACUUGUUGAGAGUAGAAUUCAACAUGCUCUUAAAAAUAUUCCAAAAGCAAGAGCUGCUUUAACUUCUGCUCGUACAAAUGCAAAUACAAUCUAUUGUCCACCAAAACUUCAAGCUGAAAUCGAUAUGCAAUCUGGUAUUUUACAUUCUGAAGAAAAAGAUUAUAAAACUGCUUUUUCAUACUUUUUCGAAUCAUAUGAAACUUAUGAUAGUCUUGAAGAUCCAUUUGCAAUGAAAGCAUUAAAGUAUAUGUUACUUUGUAAAAUUAUGACCAACCAAACUGAUGAUGUUCAUGCAUUAGUUAAUGGUAAAAUUGGUUUGAAAUAUCAUAACAAUAGAUCCAUUGAAGCAAUUACUCAAAUUUCAAAAUCUCAUGCAAAGAGAUCACUUCAUAUGUUCCAAGAGGUAACCAAAGAAUUUUCUGAUCAAUUAUCUGAUGAUCCAAUCAUUCAUAGUCAUUUAACUGAAUUAUAUAGUAAUCUUCUUGAACAAAAUUUAUGUCGUAUUAUUGAACCAUUCUCAAGGGUUGAAAUUUCACAUAUUGCAAAAUUAAUUGAUUUACCAGUUGAUGUUGUUGAAAGAAAAUUAUCACUUAUGAUCCUUGAUAAGAAAUAUAAUGGUAUCCUCGAUCAAGGUACUGGUACUUUAAUUGUAUUUGAAGAACAAAAAGAAGAUAAAUUAUUUAAUUGUUCUUUAGAAACUAUUGGUGCUUUAAGUCGUGUUGUUGAUUUACUUUAUGAAAAAACAAACAAACUUUCUUAA